AAGAAAGCCCUCAAAUAAGUGGAACCCCAGAACCCUAACCAGACUCUUUUCUAUCCUCUCACCACUCGCGCCUCUCACGCCCUUCCCGCCGCCGCCGCCGCCGCCACUCCCCUCGCCGCCGCAGCAGCCGCAGCCAUGGGGCGCAUGCACAGCCGCGGGAAGGGCAUCUCAUCGUCGGCGCUGCCGUACAAGAGGACUCCACCGAGCUGGGUCAAGACCGCCGUCGCCGAUGUGGACGAGUUAAUCACCAAGGCCGCGAAGAAGGGCCAGAUGCCGUCGCAGAUCGGCGUCCUGCUCCGUGACCAGCACGGCAUCCCCCUCGUCAAGAGCGUCACCGGGAGCAAGAUCCUCCGCAUCCUCAAGGCCCAUGGGCUGGCACCAGAGAUCCCGGAGGACCUCUACUUUCUGAUCAAGAAGGCGGUGGCGAUAAGGAAGCACCUGGAGAGGAACAGGAAGGACAAGGACUCUAAGUUCAGGCUCAUCCUUGUGGAGAGCAGGAUCCACCGCCUCGCUCGCUACUACAAGCGCACCAAGAAGCUCCCGCCCACCUGGAAGUACGAGUCUACCACCGCCAGCACUCUGGUGGCGUAAGGGAGAUCCAGAUCUGGUGUGCUCUUAGCUGAUUAAAGCUUGAUUGUUCUGGAAACCAUUCUUAUGUAAUGCUUUAUGAGAGUUUGGAGCCAAGCAGAUGCUGCAAAUUUUCUAUGUUUGCCUGGAGGAUGCUGUAAAACCUUUAUGGUUUCACUGUUCUGUCUGUUAAACGACUGUUAUAAUGUACCCAGAUUUUGUCCGUUACAGUUAGCAGUUACCGUAUGUUUUUUCA